AUGGCGCCCAAACAACAAGACGAAGACCCAGAGAAAAACGCUUACAAGAAACUGAGCAUGAACGGCAUCCUGAGGCCUAUGGCAAAGAGAGCUGGGUUCAAGAACUUUAACAGGUGGAAUCAGGAUCAAUUGGUGGACAUCUUUCUGGAGUACGAUCGGGUAAACCAAACAAGGAUCCGUGAUCUUCCAGAAGGAUACAUCGCGAGUUCCGCCGAUAUUGAUGCGCAGCAUGCUCUAGUAGAUCGCUUGAUCAAAGGGAACAAACUCAACCCUCCUGUUCCUAAGCGAAAAAACGAGGUUGACACGGAGACAAGAAAACUCAAGCGUGCAAAGGUUUCGUCCGGGGAUGACGACCAUGUCUCAUCCUCAGACAGUGGAAAAUCCAAUGACAAACGCGCACCUGGAGGUGUCGCAGGCACUAAAGGAGUUUCUAAGACAGGUUCCAAAGCGAUUAGAGUACAAGAGAAGUCCAAGCAGGUAAAGAAGCCAGCUAUAACCAAGCCAGCUGCAACCAAGCCAAGAUCCCGUCAAGCAUCCACUCGCAAGCCUCCACAAAAUAAAAAGAACAUGGACGUUGGAAACCCCCAAGAUACACAAUCACAAGACCCUUCGGCUUCAGCCGCCCAUCCACCCUUUGUGGCGCCAGGCGCAAAUCCAGGAGACGACGACGACAGCUCUGACAGCGACGGGUCCGACUCUGGAGAUGAUAAUGGAAACGAUGCAGUUGACGGCGAAGACAUUGAGGAGAGCGUCGAAGAUCCCGAGGUCGAGGAAAUAAGCAAAGCACCACCUAAGAGCGUAGCUAUAUCCAUGAGCAUAGCUACAUCCACAAGCAAGGGCAAGAGCAUACCUAAGGGCAAGGGUCAAGCCGAGGUCAAGCCUAAGCCCCUUGGAUUGCACCACGGAAUUCGCAAAAUCGGUAGGUUUACUAGCUCGGACUGGGACCCUCUCGACGAGAGUAUCCCAAACAGUCGACUUACGUGGUACGAACAAGAGCAGCGCUUUCGCGCGCAACAAGAAAAGGCACGCAAGGAGGCUGGGGAAAAGGGAUUGCCACACAACGAAGGAGAGGAGCUGGAAGAGGAGCCGAAGAAGGAGUGGGAUUGGAAGAAACAGUUGCGUAGAAGAGGAUAG